UUGUUCUUCUCCUUCACCUAGAAAAAGAUAUACCGAACAUUUCGCUAUCUUCAUAGAGAAACAAGAAGGAUGAACACAACUUCAUCGAAGAGCAAGAAGAAGCAAGAGGAGGGUGGUACGAGGUUUCUUGGGGUGAGAAGGAGGCCUUGGGGAAGAUACGCAGCUGAGAUUAGAGACCCAACAACCAAGGAGCGUCACUGGCUUGGCACGUUUGAUACGGCCGAGGAAGCUGCCUUGGCCUACGAUAGAGCCGCCAGGUCCAUGCGUGGCACUCGUGCCCGAACCAACUUCGUCUACUCAGACAUGCCUCAUUCAUCUUCCGUCACCUCCAUUAUUUCUCCUGAUGAUCCGCCUCCCCCACCCCCUCCUGCUGCUGCUCCUCCUCCUCGUUCUAACGAUCCUGUCGAUUACGUGAUGAUGUUUAACCAAUAUUCAUCAACAGAUUCGCCAAUGCUGCAGCCUAAUCACUCUGAUCAAGUGGAGAGUAGUUACAUGUUUGGUGGCUCAUCUUCUUGUUAUUCUAACAGCAGCAGCGAGUUGCCUCCUCUGCCAAGCGACUUGUCCAAUUCUUGUUAUAGCCAACAACAGUGGAGCGUUGACGACUACUCUACCGCUACCUAUUUCGAAGGUGACUACGUCCAUAGUCCAAUGUUCAGCACAAUGCCUCCGGUUUCUGACUCUUUCAACCACUUCGGCUCCUAUUAAUUAACAUAUCUUCUCAUCCAUAUUUAAUUAUUUUCUCAUUUGUAUCUUUUCUUUUGGAUUUCAGUAUGU